AUGUCUCACGAUGAAGAACUUCGGCGAGGCGGUCAUUUAAAAUACAACUGGAUUGAUGGAGCGGAGUCACUGGAAAAGUACGGUCCAGGGGGCUAUCAUCCUAUUAUGAUAGGGGAUGUGCUUCGUGGGCGAUACCGCAUUGUUGACAAGCUGGGGUUUGGAGGCUAUUCAACCGUGUGGCUAGCCCUGGAUACUAGUUCACACCGCUAUGUUGCUGUUAAAGUGGGCAUAGCCGAUUCGUCUCUGCAUGAAACCGAUAUUCUCCGAGCUCUCACCAGCCCAGGACAUGAUUCUAUCCCCACCCCGAUAGAUGAGUUUGAGCUCAGUGGGCCCAAUGGAACAUAUCAAUGCUAUACCAUGAUCCCUGCGCAGUGCAAUCUUCGAGAAGCGUCUUUCAGUCGGUUUUUCCCUCUCGAAGUUACGCGCGCACUAUCAGGGGGCCUCACCCUGGCUAUUGCUUACAUUCAUUCCCGGGGCUACGUUCACGGAGACAUCCAUCUCCGCAACAUCCUAGUUAAACUAUCCUCGGACUUUGAUCACCUGACAAUUGAACAGCUAUAUGAAGAGUAUGGUGAGCCUGAGACGGUCUCUAUUACACGACGGGAUGGAAAGCCGCUUCCAUCAAACAUUCCACCCAAGGAAGUAAUACCACUGAACCUUGGAAAAAAUGCAGAAGACUUUAUACUAUCUGAUACACACGUACUUCUCAGUGAUUUUGGUGAGGCAUAUGCCCCCGACCGAGAAAUCCGCCGUGGUCAAGACUACCACACACCAUUAGCAAUGCGACCCCCAGAAGCCCGGUUUGAACCCGAGGCGCCUCUCUCAUAUGCAGCCGACAUCUGGAGCUUGGCCACAGCUAUCUGGGAGAUUCUUGGCAUGCAGGCAAUUUUCAGCACGGACUUUGCCUCUGCCGAUGAACUGAUAUCACAACACAUCGAUGUGCUGGGUCCCUUGCCGUCAAGUUGGUGGAUGCGCUGGCAGGAGCGAAGCCGAUUUUUUGACCCUGACGGUCACCCCAAAGAGGGCCGCUAUAUCUGGUCGGGAAUUGAUUUGGCUUUCGAGGAAUGCGUACAGAAGUAUCGACGCCAGCGUGAAUGUGAGUUUGACCGGGAGGAAGCAACGGCCAUUAUUGAUUUGAUGCGUCGCAUGUUGGUAUUCCGGCCCGAAGAACGGCCCACCAUCCAGGAGGUCCUCCAGUCCGAGUGGAUGGUGAACUGGGCAUUGCCUGAAUUAAAACGGAGAUAG